AUGAAAUUAUAUUCAUUUAUUAAAGUAAAGAACGGUGAACCUGUGGUCGGUGCCAAGAUAGAGUGGCUGGCGAUUAAACCAAACGGAAAGACGAUCGAGUUGGACGACACUGAACUGUCCAUGUCCUAUACAUCCGAGCCCAAUGACCUGGAGCCUGGGGUUCAUCAGCUUCGUUUGGUAAAGCUAUCGCGCAGGCCCAACUACUUCUUUCUUCUCUGCACGGCAGAGGUAGAGCCGGAAUUGAUUGCCCAUCUCAGUGAAGUUGAUAUAUCGGAUCAAGGGGCAAUUGGAGCCAAACAGACGCAGCGCUUCUUCUCCGCCCCGGUCCAACUUCAUAUCGUCUCGCCCGGUCUGCGCGCUCGAGUCUGGCCGGUGACAGGACCCGGCUUUGUUACGGGCAACGAGGGAGACGUUAUUACGUUGAAGUGCAGUGGUGAAGGUGAGCAAGUAAUCCUGAACUGUCACUUGUAG